UAACUCCACAAAAAUCUCUAAUGUCUCUAAACCCAUUAGUACUAUUAGAAUGAAUUUUAAGAUUAAUCCCAAAGCCUUCUCCCCCAAUUCCUUCACACGAUUUUAUCCCUCAUGGAUCCUCGUUUUAACCGUCAUCUUUUUACAAAUUUACCUCAUCUUCACCACCACUUGCUCCGCUCCACUUUCCCUCGCCGCCUCUCGCGACGGCCGCCAAUCCUCUAAGACCGUCACCGGAGACCCAUGCAGCUCCGGGAGAGUAUUCGUCUACGACCUGCCGCCCAUUUUCAAUAAAGAAUUAUUGGAAAAUUGCGAGUCCUUAGACCCGUGGACCUCCCGCUGUGAUGACGUGUCCAAUGGCGGCUUCGGACGACAAGCGACAGAGCUCAUCGGCGUUGUUCCCGACGGUCUAGCUCCGGCGUGGUUUUGGUCGGAACAGUACAUGCUGGAACCGAUUAUACAUAAUCGGAUUCUUAACCAUAAGUGUAGAACGUUAGAGCCGGAAUCAGCUACGGCCUUCUACAUACCGUUUUAUGCUGGUCUUUCCAUCGGACGGUUCCUAUGGAUGAAUUACACUACUUCUGAUCGCGAUAGGGAUUCGGAGAAAUUGAUCAAGUGGGUCCAGAAUCAGCCGUAUUGGAAUAGAUCAAACGGUGGAGAUCAUUUCAUCACGUUAGGACGACUGACGUGGGACUUUAAACGGUGGGGGAUCAACCAAUGGGGGUCCAGUUUUGCAUUCAUGCCAGGAAUGAAAAACGUAGCGAGAUUAAUCGUCGAAAGAGAACCGUCCGAUCCAUUGGAUAUCGGUGUACCUUUUCCCACAGGAUUCCACCCUAGAUCUGACGCUGACGUGUUAAAUUGGCAAAGCUUCGUUCGUGAACGUAACAGAACGAAGCUCUUCUGCUUCGCUGGCGGUACACGUCACGAAAUAAAGAAUGACUUUAGAGCCUAUUUACUGAGUUACUGCAUCAACGAAUCGGCCGGUUCGUGCCGAGGCGUGAAGUGCACUGGGAACCGGUGCGCGAGUGGUGACUCGGCGGUUUUGGAAACAUUCCUGGACUCGGAUUUCUGUUUGCAGCCGAAAGGCGAUUCGUAUUCGAGAAAAUCGGUGUUUGAUUGCUUGUUGACCGGUUCGAUUCCGGUUAUCUUUUGGGAGAGAACCGCUUACGGGCAAUAUGAAUGGUUCUUGCCGGGCGAACCGGGGAGUUACUCUGUUUUUAUAGAUCACAAGGAGGUGAGAAAUGGAUCGGCGUCCAUUAGAGAGGUGUUGGAGAAAUUUAGCAGAGAGAAAGUGAGGAAGAUGAGAGAGAAAGUGAUUGAAACGAUACCGAAAAUUGUUUAUGCGAGUGCUCCUGAAGGAUUGGAAAGUAUUAAGGAUGCUUUUGAUAUUGCUCUCAAUGGCAUCUUCAAGAGAUUUAAUCAUCGCCCUAAUAGUGUAGGUAAAUGGGAGUUGGAUUGA